AUGCAGCCGGCGAAGCCGAUUGCUUGUUCCGAGACUCUAGAGGUUGGAAACCCGAUAAGUGCCGAGAAUUUUGACAGCAACGACAAAAUAUGCGGGCGGCGGAAGCCAACACUCGCACAUUCCUACGACCGCAGCGCCGACAAGGCCAUACAGCACCCGCAAGGGGCAGAACAGAAAAAGAACAACAACGUUUGCACCCGUGCACCAGCAGUCGACGAGUGCCAACAUGAUGUUGGAAGACGCCAACAGGAGCCGCAAUUGGGGCACAACGGGCCGGAAACGAGCGGGAAAAAAGCCAAUUGGGAACUCUGGCAUGCUCUGAUUCGAAUGGUGCUAAAAACAGCGGCGCAAAGGGCCAAGUUCCGGCGCAAAACGGACGAAACUGGUUCUACCCCCAAAACAAAAGCAGAGCAACCGGAAUUUCGACCAGCGCCCACCCCGCUCGACACCGCAUCGUCUACACCGCCGCCACCACGCGCAGAGAAGAAAAUUCGUACAUACCACCGUCCAUUUUGUUAUAUAUUUAUCUUGUAG